CCUAUUCGUGUUCUUAUCAUGCGUCCGUCGUGUCGCCUGUAGCUAAGACGUGGCGUCCUGGUACAUUUGCUGCGUAUCCUAUCUUCGCUCGUGCUGGCAAAUAAUACGAUUCGAACUUGAAGGCAUUUCUCACCUCGCUGCACGUGCGACUUGAUGUACAGGAUAUCGAGAGGUAGAGCUAGACAAUGCCAAGCGUUCUUGUUGAGGGCUAGUAGCGCUAACCUAUACUCUCUACCGAAUCACCGUAAACUGAAUAUCCACGACGUCCUAUCUAAGAGACUUCUGCGCAUUAAGCUCACCGACUUGAUUUUUUCAGAUAGUCACACGGGGUAAAAUUCGCCCAAGUCAAAGCAAACAUACCAAGCCUCCUGAUUGGAAAAUAUGCCUGGCUAUUGGGGCUCUAGGACAAGCAUGGCAACAGAGCGGGUAGGUGUUAUAAUCCUGGAGAUGCAGCUCCCUGGCCGGGAAAUGAAACUAGCCGCUUGGCUUUUCAGCCCAUCGAAAAAGACAAGGCUUUUACGGCGAGAAUUAUGUGCCGCUUCGGGUUCUGAGUGUAAUGAGAUCGAGACGAGGUAAGAAAAUAAAAGGUACGCGGUAGUCCAGGCACCGUCGUCGUGGGUUUGCCUUUUUUAAAGCGUCUCUUCAACCUUACACGGCCAAAACUCCAAUUGCUCAGCUGUCAAGUCUAUACAAAUCCCACCCAAAACAUCAAAGUAUACGAUGCACGCCCUCGCUCUUGCUCUGUUCGUUGCGCCGGCCGUCAUGGCCGCGACGCCACGAGCGCGUUCUGGCCUGCCGAAGAGCUUCGCUCAAUCCAAGCUCCUCAAUGUCUUUGCAACUUGCGAUGUAGGCCGUGUCCAGUGCGAGAAUGGAUGCAUGCCUAUCGAUGGUGUAUGUUGCAACGACAACAGCGACGAGUACUGCCGCAAUGGCUACUACUGUAUUCCCAAUGCAUGCUGUCCUGAAGGAGAAAUGUGCAGCGGAUCCAGCGACGACGAAGCCUCAUGUGACAUCGGUGAGACCGAGUGCGGCGACCUAUGUAUGCCCUUAACUGGAACAUGCUGCGCCGACGGACUCCAUUAUUGCCCCGAGUUCGGCACAUGUACCAAUGAUGGAUAUUGCUGUGAGGCUGGCGAUGAUUGCGACGACAAUAGCAGCAGCUUCCCGAGCUUUACCAGUAGCUUCCUGGGCUCUAGUAGCAGUUCUGCAACGGAUGAUGACUUUACUUCCACCACUAGCCGCACGACAACAGCGACAGCAACCUUUACCAUCCAUCACGAAAGCUCAUCCAGCACGAGCAGCAAAACCAGUAGCGACACCAGUAGUGAGGAGACCUCGAGCAGCUCAGCUACCACUGUAGACUCGACUACUCAAGCGCCCGUCACCCCUGCUCCUACCGCCGUAGUCACUACAACCGUAUCGCAUCAGGCGGGCGGCAUCUUCACAGCCGACGGAAAAAUCGCUGCCGGUCUUGCCGUCGUUGCCGCGUUGUUAGUUUAAAAACCCCUACCCGUGGUGGCUCUUCCGAACUUAGCGGCGGUACCUUAUAAUUGGGAAAGAGACUUCGAUUCUUGUCACAUACUUAGAUGGCAAGAUGUAUAAAACGAUAGAGGGUGUAAUCUAGAUAAUAUUCCUACGAGGAAUGAGACG